CCGAGCGCACGAUCGUAGAGCAAUUUUCCGUCAUGGGUGGAUCCCAGGCCUUACGCAAACUGUCUCCGGAAGUGGUACGGGAACUCCGUAGGCACGUGAGUCCCCGACCGUUACCGUCGCCCUUUGCCGCCUCCGCUGCGCCGCCAGCCAAGAAUAGCAGUUUGCAAAAAGUACUCUACGGGUGUAUCGCCUUGACUGCAACGGCAGCGUCUUUCCCACUCGUCGCCUACUGGUGGGUGGGUGACGGAUUGGUCGAAAAGGACGAUCCCCUCACGACGGCUCAGAAUCGACGUGGGGCCUUUCUUAAUUCCGGUAGUCGCGACGUGGGCAAGGAUCCCAAUUGGGAUUUUCGCAACGGGGUAUAUACCGGCCAACUGUCGGGAUACGCGGCCAUAUCGGAAGACGGAAAAGCCAAGUCUUUGCCUCCACAGUAUCUGGCGUUGCCGACGUCCGAGACGAAAUCGCACGAGCAGAAUUUGGAAGACUUUGCUAAGGGCAAACGUAAAAUUGAUGGCCGACCAAUCGAACGAUAA